UCUCUCAGUGUAUCAACGUUUUUUGUCAACAUAUGGCUUAUAGGUUAAAGCAUGUACGUUAUGUUUUGAUUUGAUUGUUUUCAAGUCACGAUAGGUUUAGUUAGUGCGGUUGAAGAUUAUUAACUUUUGUAGUGAAACUGUCAAAAGUGUAGAUAUAUCAACAUAAAGAGCCAACAUGGAAAAAGAGGAGGUCCAAGAAUUCUUUACAAACAUAUUGAAGAAUGAUAAAGAAGUUUCUGCAGGUAUUGCUGCAAUCAGAACUUUGUUGGAAUUUUUAGAACAUGACAGAGCUGAAACAAUUCAGGAAUUAGCGGAUAACUUAAAGGUGGCGAUUGAUGUGAUGACAAAGACUGACUACCCCACAACAGCUGUGGUUUCUGGCUCAGAACUGUUCCAGAGAUUCAUCACACUGGCAGUUUUGGACAAUCAGACCGUUGCUAAAUCCAAACAGAUCAUGUUGCACAGAGGGACACUUUUCUUUAACAAGCUGAUGGCAGCUCGUGGUAAAGUUGCCAAAGAAGCGGCUGACUUUAUUUCUGACAAAAGUCGCAUUUUAUGCCAUUCCAGGUCAAGAGUCGUAUUAGAAACUAUGAAAAAAGCAAAGGCCUCAAACGUAAGAUUUGAAGUUUUUGUCACAAGCUCUUUUCCGGACUGCAGUGGAGAAGAAAUGGCUAAAGACUUAAAUGAAGCUGGCAUUCCGUGCACUGUCAUAUUGGACUCUGCCAUGGGUUAUGUGAUGGAACAAGUUGAUAUGGUGAUGGUGGGAGCAGAGGGUGUAGCGGAGAGUGGAGGAAUCAUCAAUAAGAUUGGAAGCUACACAAUGGCAAUCUGUGCGAAGGCACUCAACAAACCCUUCUAUGUUUUGGUAGAAAGCUUCAAGUUUGCAAGAGUUUACCCAUUGAAUCAACGAGACUUACCAAAUAAGUUUAAGUACAAAGCGAGUAUGCUGGAUAAAGACUUGAGCAAAGAACAUCCCCUAGUAGACUACACUCCACCUGCAUACAUCACCUUGCUGUUCACCGACCUGGGCACAUUAACUCCUUCUGCUGUUAGUGAUGAACUCAUCAAACUGUAUUUGUAACUCUUCUUUUACACCUAUUCUGCAUCACUGUGCAAUGUUGGGUUUUUAAAAUAAAUGAAAAAUAUUUUAAAGUAUUUUAAAAAUUCCUUAAAAUAUGCCAUGCAUAUUUGUGCUGUGCCUUUUCUUUCAUACUAUAUGUUGUACAUAAUCUUGUGUUUUUGGCUGCAGUUGUUGAUUGCAGCACAUACAUUGGCUUUUGAUUGGGGAAUGUAAAAUAUUUCAGGAUGACAAUUUUAUAAACAUGUUGUUUAAAAAAAUACUAAGUCAUUCAUUGAUUUAAAUUGAUAGACAUUACAAUUUUUAAAAACCAAGUGAUUUCAACUAAGUCAUCCAUUUAGUGUAAGUUAAUGGACUUUGUAUCAAGUUCUGUAAAUAAAGUUUUUAUUUUCA